UCGAAUAUCAGGUGUAAUAUCGACAUGGCCGACAGCGAAUUUGAAGAAUUUCGCCGGGUAUUCGAUAAACUUCCACAACACAUCAAGGCUCCAACGCCGUUUUAUUCAUUAGUGCCAAAUGUUGGUUUGGAAGAUGACUCGCCUUCGUCAAAGAGUGAAGGUACGCCUGAUGAAGAGGUCGGUGAAACGGAGACGGGUAACGCGGCCCAAGCUGAUGCAUCUCCGAUAAAUCAAUCUGAUAUCACGGAUGCACACGAACGCAGCCCACACCACCAAACAUUUGCUAAUGGCGAAAGGAGAAGAAGAAAACUUCCAGAAAUACCAAAAACAAGAAAGUCGGCGCUAGUUCCAUCUAAUCAGCCCGCGUCAUUGGCUGAUGAAUUAGGAGCGUUAACUGGUAUGCUCAUACGGCCAGGGUGUCAAGGACGACCACUUUUAGUUCUAAAGUGUGGAUACCUUCUCGAUGAGGAUUCCAGUCCGGAUUCCGAAAGAUUACAGAGUCUUGGUGAUGUUGACAGUGGACACAGUACAGCGCACUCACCUAUUGACACCGGUCCGAAGAGUUUAUCACCAACCCCUUUGCAGCAAAAUGUUUCUCCAUCUUCAAGCUGCAGUAUUAGCGGUAUUAAUUUUUCUGGCAACAUGACUACGGUUCCUCACAGUCAACUAGAAAUGUUAGAAGCAACACACAGAGGUCUACAUAAAUUCAACCCAAGACAUCAUGAUGAAAUCGAAGUUGAAAUCGGAGAUCCAAUAUAUGUUCAGAAAGAAGCUGACGAUUUAUGGUGUGAAGGUGUUAACUUACGAACAGGUCAACAGGGUAUUUUCCCUUCAGCCUACGCUGUGGAUAUGGAUUAUAACGAUUUCGAUCCCGCAAAUGCCAAAGUUAAAAGAGAAAGAUACUUAUUAGGAUACAUGGGGUCUGUUGAAACUUUAGCUCACAAAGGUACUGGAGUGGUCUGUCAGGCGGUUAAAAAAAUAGUAGGUGAAUGUAAUGGGGAACCAGGCGCGCAACCGUGCAUAUUAGAAGUAUCAGAUCAAGGUCUUCGAAUGGUUGAUCGAUCGAAACCUGACCGAAGUCGAAGUGGUCCAUGCAUCGACUACUUCUAUUCUCUCAAGAACGUCUCCUUCUGCGCUUUUCAUCCUCGCGAUCAUCGGUACUUGGGAUUUAUCACAAAACACCCAACGCUGCAAAGAUUUGCUUGUCACGUGUUCAGGGGGACAGAGUCUACAAGACCAGUCGCGGAAGCUGUAGGGAGAGCGUUCCAGAGGUUUUAUCAGAAGUUCAUCGAAACUGCGUACCCGAUUGAAGAUAUCUACAUUGAAUAAAAAAAAAAAAACAAGCAAUAACUUAUUCGUCUAUGUUACAUGCUUUCGUAUUUAAAAUUCACAGACUCUUAGCGUGGUUAUAAUCAAGUAAUAAGUUAGUUAAAGUUUAAGCUAAAAUCUUGAAUAAAUAUUUAAAAAAAACUUACUCGUUUACAGAUUUCGAGAAAUCAUAGGUUAUAUUAUAUAGCGUUAUACAAUUAUAUAGUAUUCACGUUGGUUACCCUCCGAGCAACAUCGCUUAGAUCGAUUCCAUUUUAUACCUCAAAUAUAUGCCUUUUUAUAAAAUUUCGCUCAAAUCAAAUCAUUAUAAAUAUAUUAAGA